GUGAUAAAUGAGAAAUUAACGUACCAAAUGGCUUUAAAGCUAGUUAAGGACGCGCCAACGGUAUGGAACUAUUUGAAUGGUCUAGUUAAUCUGUACAAACCUGCAGGAGUAACAGUGCAACAAGUACGAAAUGCGAUUAUCCAUAACCUUUGUCGAGAUCUCAACCAACUCGAAGUUAGACCUUCGCUACAGCGUGUAGUAAUCGACAAUACAGUAGAUUCAAAGCUGAUUGUGCGAAAUGUCGAGGAUUUGUCGGAUAACGUGCUAGUGACAGGUCCACGCUACCAACCGGAUGAUAUCAAAUGUCGAUUCUCUGCCAAUCAUGGUCGUUUCACGAGUGGUGUUAUAGUUCUGGGUAUCAACAAUGGAACAAAUCUUGCCUUUAGACUGCAACAGAAUCGUCCUUUGCGAGUGUACCGAGUAACCGGUUUCCUGGGAAAGGCAACGGAAACACACUUCGCCGAGUCACGUGUAACGGCCCGUGCCACCAUCGAUCACAUCGGGUCGGAAAAGAUCGGUCGAUUGCUUGCAUCGAUACAGGCGUCUCAUCAACGGAAAAUGUUCGAACUGAGCGGAAUUGACCUCCAGUCACAGGCGGCGUUCGAACUGGCAUGUCGAGGAACGAUACGUCCCACAGACAAUCGUCAACCAAUGAUAUAUGGAAUACGACUGGCGGAAUACCGGAAACCAUUCUUCACCAUUGAAAUCCAUGCCAUCAACGAAACGGAAGCGUACCUUGGUGAACUGAUUCAUGAGAUUGGGAUUAAUCUGAAAUCUUGUGCACACUGCACCAGCGUUCGGUGCAUUCGACACGGUCACUUUCUGUUGGAAGACUCGUUGCUUAAAAAGGACUGGAACCUGCAAAACAUCCUAAGCGGUAUGGCACACACGAACAAGCUCAUUAAUCAGCAUCCAGACAUGUUGCAGCAGAACAGUUCAUCCCUGCAUGGAAUGGAAGUACCAGAUCAAUAA